AUGAAGACCAUCGUCAACCUGAAGGGCCUCGUUUCUAACGUGAAGCUCACCGACAACGACCUGAUCAACGUGAGAAAUGCGAUUGCGGUUCACUCGGAGUAG